CUUGGAUUCAUCUUGCUUUGUGAUCUCUGAGCAUAGACGUCUAUGCUCUGAGUGUCUGUACUUCUCAUCAGCUUUUGAGGAUGAUUACCCGACCAGAGCAAGCUUAGAAACCCAUGGACCAAUAACCAAGAUAUACACUCUAGAGUAUUCGUCAGAACUUAAAAUGGCUUCGAAGGAUAUGAUCGGGUCGCUGCCGCACCUUGCGGGAGACAUCGACCGACGAGAUCGGAGCGGGCGUCCGAUAGAGUUGAAGGCGUUGUCGAAGUCGAGUGCGUGUCUGACUACGAAGGGCCCAGGUUCAGAUUCCGUUAGCAAGGCUUCGUCAUUUUCUCGGGAUAAAAGCCAGUCGUGGUACUCCUCCGGGUUUCAAUCACAGUACACAGACAUCGUGGUUGCGGGGGCGAAGAUGGGCGACCAUGAGAAGAUGAUGGACAUGCUUAGUAAGCUCGGUACCGAAGGCUUUGCCGCCAUCAUCAGAGAGCAUGAUGGGAAGAAUAAUGGGCCACUUCACUAUGCCGCCCUCAACAACGAUGUGCUCAUGACCAAGUUGUUGAUUCAGUAUGGUGCAGACGUCAACGAUAUCGGAAAAGGUGGAAAGCGGCCUCUUCACUUCGCAGCGAUCGGAAAAGCCAGCGACAGGGCUCCUACAAUACAGAGCAAUGAGCAAGGCGACCUUCCGUCAUAUGCCAAGCAGGCCGAUUCAUCGUCUCAAAGCUCAGACGAGAAACCUGACUCUGACGAAUUCCCGCUACGACUCGCCAAAUCCAUCUUGGGAUUAAAUUUCACGAAGAAGAAAAAGAAGAGAAAAAAGUCAGAGAUUUCAUUGAAGAGCGGUGAGGACGAAGUGAAACAUCCGUUGGAACCUCCCAGUCCCAGGUCCGUGGUCCCGUCGCUAGCUGAGAGGGACGAGAACCCGAACAACGAAAAACACGACGAGGGACACGACGAGGACGACGAUGGCGAGGAGCAUAACGAUGACGAGAACAUUGUUGAUAUCUUGCUCGCGGCAGGUGCCGACGCGAGCGCCACAGAUACGAAGGGGACGACGCCGCUUCAUCUCGCCUCCAUGCACGCCAACAUGGAUGCCUUCAAGCGACUCCAAACCGCACCUGGAGUUGAUAUCAAUGCCCAGGACAGACGAGGUGCGACACCGCUCCUCAUAGCCUGCAAAGCUGGUAACACGGAUGGCGCUUUGGUCCUCAUCGACAAAGGGGCAGAUAUUCUCAUCUCUGAUAUAAAUGGAGAUACACCCCUUCAUCUAGCAGUAAGGCAUUCACACACUCUGAUCGUCACAUCAUUGAUAGAAAUGGCGGAGAGCAAAGGGGACAUCAACGAGGUAAUGCUGAACGAGAAUUCCCGAGGUGUGAUCCCUCUAUACGAUGCGGUGAAGUGUGGGCACAGGGAUCUCUUCCAAGUCUGUCUCGACCAUGUUUCCAAGCGAACGAGCGAGGUGGACAUGAUGAAGCUGAUGAACUUCGCCGGUCGAGACAACGACGACGCUGUCCUUCACGUAGCCGCUGCGGCCGGGUAUCAGGACAUCGUCGAGGCUCUCAUCGCCAACGGAGCCGUGGUCAACCUGGUCAACUUUGACGGGCAGACCCCGCUGCACCUGGCAUGCGAAAAGAACCACGAGAGUAUCGCACUGUGCCUCGUUGAAAAUGGAGCUGCAAUCGUCGCAGAUAGCGCUGACUUGAACCCUUUACAGGUUGCUGUGAACAACGGAAGCUUCGAAACCUUGAUGUCGCUACUGCAGUACAUCUCAGCUGCUUCGGGUGGCCAAUCUGACGAGGCUACACAUAUCCUUCAAUGGUCGGCUGCAAACAACAAAGCGGAUAUACUCAGAAAGAUCCUAGAUUAUGAGUUUCGUUUCCAUGAGAUGACUGAUGAUGGGAUAAUGGACUUCAUCAUGGAUGCCGUCAAGAUGAAGCAUAAAGAGACGGUUCAUGUAUUAGUUCGCUGGAACAGGGCUGUUGUGGAUCAUCGAGACAAGCUCGGAAACACACCCCUUCAUCACGCCGCUGAGGGCGGGCAUCAAGAUAUCGCGCAGGAACUGAUUCAAGCCAAGGCCCAAGUUAAUGCCACGAAUGGUGAAGAUCUCGGUGGCCUAUCACCUCUCCAUUACGUAGCUGACCGUGGAUGGACUAGAACAGCCCGUGUUUUACUUGAUGCACAAGCAGAUAUUGAGCAGACGGACAGCCAAUUGAUGACACCCCUUCACCAUGCAUGUAAAGAAGGUAAUGCGAGCAUGGUAGAUCUACUGCUCUAUGGCAAGGGAGCUGGCGAUGUCUUCAAACCUGCUGACGUCACAGUACAGGACGCCAAGGGACUGAACUGCCUCGAUCACGCAAUCGACAACGGACGCGAGACGAUCGCUAGGAUGAUCAUAACACAUAACAGAUGGUUAGAAGUGAUGUCGGUAUCGAGUCUGGAUGAGGAGACUAGCUACCGCACAACGCCGAUGCGAAAACUCAUUCGCUCUAUGCCAGACGUAGCCAAAAUGAUACUGGACCGGUGUAUAACCGUUACGGGCGGAACAAGUAUUCGGGAUAAAGACGUCCGUGUGGAAUUCUACUACGAGCUCUUAGAAGACGCGUUCUCACCCUGGAUGAAACCGACAGAUGAAGAUUUACCCCCUCACGAGGGAGUAAUAAACACUUUCUUGAAUCGGAUGUACAGGAGGGUGUCGACUCGACUACCGUCCGACAUCGACCACCAGUACGAUAAGCAAGAUCGCUUGUUCAAAUCAGCUCAACCUUUCAUCGCGGACUGCCAGGAGAGAAAUGAAAACCAUCCUUUGAAACUGAUGGUUUCUUCCAAACGUGUCGAUCUACUGGACCACCCACUCGUGACGACUUUCAUCCAGCACAAAUGGAACUCCAUCGGUCGCUACAUCUUCUACGUGGGUUUCUUCGUCUACAUCACGUUCCUUGCGAUGCUGACCGGAUACAUCAUCGUGAUUCCGCCGAAUUACUAUGUACGUGCAGUCAACAAAACCACCAAUCCACCCACCAUUACGUGGUUUGCAAGCGGGGAAGUACGAUGGGUGAAGUCCGUGCCAGAUGCGGUCCUGGUCUUAUUCGACGUCGUUGGACCUACCGCGAUCAUGAUAUUGUCCCUUUUGAACAUUUUAAGAGAGUUUACUCAGAUGUUCGUUCAGCGGAUAUCUUAUUUUCAGGACUUCGGAAAUAUCAUGGAAUUGUUCCUCUAUCUCUUCGCCAUCAUAUUUUCUCUGCCUUUCAGCACGGUUGAAUACGUGAAGCACGGUAAUAUCAAACAGGACUGGCAAUGGCCGAUUGGCGCUGCAGCUGGCUUCUUAGGCUGGAUCAACCUGCUGCUGUUUAUCAGGAGUAAUUCGAAGCUUGGCAUCUAUGUCAUCAUGUUUAUAGACAUCUUCAAGACUUUCCUUCGAUUCAGUUUAAUCCUGUUCUUAUUCGUCAUGGCGUUUGGUUUGGCAUUCUACGCACUUCUCAUGAAUCAGAAUCCAUUUCACUCUCUGUUCGAUUCCCUGGCCAAGACGUUUGUAAUGAUGAUCGGUGAGCUGGAUUAUGCUGAUAUCUUCUUCGCUCAAGAUUACCUAGGGACAUCCAAUACUCUCGAGGCAGAUGGAGAGGCAGCCUAUUUUAUGAAUUCAUCUUUCUAUGGAACGAUCACUCAACUCUUCUUCAUCCUCUUCCUCAUCGUUAUGUCCAUUCUCAUGAUGAAUAUGCUGGUUGGUUUAGCUGUAGAUGAUAUCCAGGCAAUCCAAGAAAAGGCCAAUCUUCAUCGUCUUACUAUGCAGGCGAACAUGGUGUUGGAGAAUCAGUCAAAAUUCUCUCUGUGGAUAUGGAGAAGGUCUAUCGUUCGAAGGAAGAAGUUCCUAUCGUCGAACGAGAUUAAACUCAAGAAAUGGCUUCGACGGCUGACGGGUGGCAGAAAGCAACUCAAGAGGGCGCUGUUGAUCAGCACUGAUGCAGAGAAUCCUCUUAGCAUCGACUCACAUCAAGAUGAACCCUACGAGAAGAUCCGAGAACGUAUGAAGGACGUUAGCCUGAAGGUCGAACGAGCAACCAUUGAAAUGCUCGAAGAAGCCAAGAAAAGAGACACCCAGUUGAACAACAUACGUGAAGCUCAGGGUAGCCUCUACGACCGUACCGACCGUCUACAGGCAGCGCAAGAAUUCCUUGGAGAUCGGAUGGAGAUAAUGCAUCGGAAGCUGGAUGUCAUGAUGAAGAAAAUGAAGAUUAAGGAGAAGAAGAUCGAGGGUGUCUUCUGAGGUGACGUGUCAGGGAUCCCACAUUUGCUCCAGCAAUGAUUAUAUAUAUGUAUGUUUUAAGUUUCAAUACAAUACGUUAUGUACACUGUUGGUCAUAAUGGUGAAAUAAUUUUUUUUACCCCAAUUUAUGGAAUGAUUUUGACAAUGAUUUAUUCCUAAUAGAUAUAGAUAAUAGUAUACAUUCUCAGAUUUUAUUGAAAAUAAUAAUUUGUGAGUAAUUUUCGACUGCUAAAGCAUGUGUGUGCAACUAUGCUAAUCAACUAGGGGACCUACGUCCUUAAGUCAUAACUGACAGUAAUGAGGAUUACAUAUUAUGUAUAUAAUGAGGCAAAUAUUACCAAUUUGGUGGUCAUCUAUGAGGCCCUGUUUGGUAAGAAUAAAACAGAUAACAGCAGCAAAAACAAAAGAGAUAAAUACACAAGUAGAUAAACAGGUAAAAUCAAAUGACCAGAUGGUCCCUAAUAAUGUCAUGGAUUUCCACUUCGGUACAUAUUUUAUUAGAGGUGUCGUGGCCGAGUGGUUUCAGCACUUAAAUGCAAAAGUCAUGGGUUCGAUUCCCGACACAGCAAUAAUGCCCUUUGUCAAGGCAUUAAUCAACAUUUUCACUUCUUACACAGGAGAAAAUGGGGAACCUGGUAGGACUACGUAAGUCAAAGCGCCCUCAUGGUGACCAAAUUGUAGUACACAGGGAGUGUAGACGGUUAACAUUGUGUGUGAAUGAAUCCGAUGAUCAGGGUAAUAAUAAUAUUAUAUAAUAUAUGUAAAGCGCUUAGAGACAGUAUUUCUCAUAAAGCGCUAUACAAAUCCAAAUUAUUUUGAUUAUUAUUAUUACAUCUUGGAGAACAUGCAAGUGAUAGACUGUACUGUACGUUGAGGUUCCAACGGGUUUUUGGUCAGGAUUAGUUUUAGGAAUAGUCUCUCGUCACGGGUUGAAGUUUGCCUAUUGCAGAAACUUAGACAGCUAGACAUUAGUCACCAGAGAAUGUGUUUGUUGUAGUUCGCGUGCACUGUAUGAUCACGCCAGUAGCAAGAUAUUCCUUUCAAUAUUGUUUGUUGACAUAAAUAGCAGAUCUCUUAUUUUGCUGUAAUACUCAUUUUGAAGGCCGUGGAGUCCAGACAAUGGUCUACCCGCGUGCAGUGUUUGCCAUGAAGGCGUUGGGUGAAUACACCAUGUGUGCAGUAUUACUCAGACAUGUUAUUUGUUAAUGUGACAGGUAGUAUAACGCGAAGGGAGAGGGAGAGAGAGAGAGAGAGAGAGAGAGAAGGAGAGAGGGGGCUGGUUAUGCAUGGAAUUUUACCUGUAUAGAUAAACACAAAAUAAUAACAAAGACCAUAAUAUAACCUGGUCAUUAUCUACCAAAGAGAGUCAACGGAAAAACAAAUGUAAACUGAUGAAAGGAUUCACAGCUUUUCAAAAUGUGUCCAAGAAAAUUUGUAUAAACGUUGAAUUAUAACCAUGCAUUUUCUAGCAAUGCUGAGUUAUUAUGUGUUACGAAUCUCCAUGUAAAUUUCUAUUUGUUUUGAAGCAAAUUGCUUAGUGAAUUUAGGGAUGGUGUUGCCGUCAGUGGUUGCGCCAUAAUUGAUGCUACUUACAAUGGUUGCGCCAUUAUUUAUGGUACCUGCAAUGGUUGCGCUAUUAUUGAUUGUACAUGCAAUGGUUGCGCUGUUAUUGAUGGUACUUACAAUGAUUGCGCUAUUAUUGAUGGUGUUUAUUUAUUACGGUGAUGCCGUCAUCCAUGGUAAGUGACCAUACGCUAUUGGACUGACCAUCGUUGACGGCCUUGAGUGGAGGUGUUGUGUCGAAUGGUGGUGGUGGUGGUGGUGGUGGUGGUGAUGUUAUUGUUUUUAUGGUUGUUACGGGGAAUGGGCUACUAUAAUGUGGUGGUGAUAUUGGCACCGUGGCACAUGGCAAGUACAUGUCCUUGUUUUCACGAAGUGACGGUAGUGAGGAAAAUCGUAAUGCAAAGUGAAUGCAAUUUUUUUCACUACCGUCACUUCGUGAAAACAGCCACGUCACAUAAGUCAUUUCUUCUUUAAACGUUCAUGUUGGUUCAAUAUAGGAUUUUUAUUUUUAAAAAGGCAUGUUCAUGAGAGAACAUAACGAAUCAUACUCUAUGACACUCUAUUUGUGUUACUGCCUAUCGCAGUACUCACCUGAGUUUAUCACUGUCAGGUAAAUAAAGAUUAUGAAUUGCACAGAGUAUUACUUGUUUUUAGGUAUUAAAGUCUAAUAAUACAAGAUUUCGUGAUUUUAUGUUUGCCAUGUUACUUUGUCUUGUUUUCUUUUCAGUGAUAUCGAUUCAAAACGUAAUUUGGACACAUUCAUAUAUUUUGGUACUAUAUAUUACAUUGUAUGUGUAAGGUACUUUAGCGAAUGAACUGCAUCCAUAAGUCUUCCUAAUAUACUAUAGAAUAUUUGAGAUUAUAUAGCGACUAUGUAAACUAUAUGUUGUGCAUUAAUUUGUUUCCUUUCAUGGGACACUGUGUCAUUAAUAUAUUUCUUUUAUAACUGUAAUAGAUAAAUGUAUAGUUCCGGUUUUGUUUUGUGUUUCUUUAGUAUUAUCGCAUCAAUAUAUAGGCCUAUCUGUGAAAAUAUUAUUCAAAAUGUUUUUGCUUUUCUUGGUUCAAUAUACAUUGUAAUUUAUCAAGUACAUGUGAUUUUACCGCCGACUAUUUGUUUAAUCGUGUUCACGUAUUUGAACUUUGAUUUGAUAAAAGGCUGACUCAUUUAAAAUCUGCUAAAAACUCUAUUGAAAUGUACAUUUGAAUUGAAAUAUAUUUUUUGAUAAUAAUUUCAAUCUGUUAUCAAUAUUUCUAUUUUGUCACUUUUACAUUAAAAAUAUAGCACCCUUAGUCCUUGGACUACAGCAUUGUUACCAGCACAAGUCAUAAUAAAUCUAAAUAAAUAUUUUGCUACAAAA